AUGGACCAUCUCCUGCUAGGAUAUCUGGGCAUACAAAGAUCCAAGGUUAAUUGGAAGAAGCUCGGGGUAUUUAGCAACGCCACGCCUGACUCUGCUAGAGCCACCUUCACUAAGGACCGAUGUAGCCUCGAGAAAUGGGAAAAGAAGAGGACCGCUGGUAUGACUACCAAGAAAGCUGAGCGAGCUGAGGAUGGGAAUAACUCCAAGACAAUGAGGGGGCUGUGA